AUGCUCAGGAAGGCGACGUGGCAUAGCGUUUUGAUGGACGAUGGUCAAGACCCGUCGUUUGUGUCGCGGGACUAUGCGUUGAGCAACUGUGGUAUGUGGCAGGUGAAAGCGGACGUUCGCAAACGCGAACAGGUGGAAUGCGGCAUUGGCACAGCGAGGAGUCAGAAAAUCAAUUCAUCGAUUCCGUCUCCUGAUGUGGAGGCAACGAGGUCCUUGGCGAAAUCCAGAACGGUUAGCGGCCGGCGAGCGGAGGCGAGAUGCUCAAACCCGUUGCCGCCAGGACGGUCUGUGGACUUCGUGCAUUUCCCGCAACCCUCCGAAGAAAGGCUGCCUUCAGAAGAACGGUACACAGGAGAGCGUGCCACGUUCGUGCCACAGCAGCGACAUCAGUCGUCGUACCCUGAGACUAAACAUCGGCCCGAUGACCAAAUGGCGCAACGAUCCAGUGGUCAGACCGGCGCUGUCCGGCCUUCGAAGCCGUCGUCCACUCCCUCGGCCGCUGGACUUUAUUCUGAACCGAUGUACGCACAGUUCAGACGAACACCAGGUUCGUUACGGCAGCAGAGUACAGGCCGCAACGUAAUACGAGAAAUCGAGGUCCGCCCGGUUCACAUCGAGAUUGGAGCUUCUUCCUCUGCCUCUUCGUCGUCCAAGCGCCCGGAUGGAGUCCUGUCCGCCAGCAGCGGGGACUGCCCGUGUUCUGUGAGAGUUCCCGGUUCGGUGUCAUUCUCCUCCUUCGUCGAACACUACGCUAAUGGCGUCAACGAGGACGUCAAAUAUCGACAUGAGAACGGCAACGACCCGGGUGUGGCGACCGUUUAUCAUAAUCCGAACCUUGCCAACGAUGACGAUGUUUGCGAACUGCCAAAUUGCCCUUCGCAAAUGAAGGAAAAGCGGUUCUCCCUGUCUUCCCUAAGUGCCUAUAGUCAGCAGGGACACAACGCAUUCAGCGCUCGCAUCCAGCCGAUCUGCGAGGUCAUCGAAAUUGCUGACCAUCCGCUAACCGCUACUGUCCCUGCCGCUGCCAACCAAAACCAAAAUCCAGUAAGUUAUAAAUUUCAAGUUAAUUUGUUUAUGCUAUAAUG